UUGCGCGUGUGCAAUAAAAAUGACUUAUUUACGAUUUUCAAAUUACGAACGCAGAUGUAGAUGAUAGUGAUUCUGUGCCGCGUGAUCUGUAUAUACAAUGCGUGUAUACAUAUAUAUAUGUGUAUACAUGUACGUAUCUGUAUUAGUAGUUUGAUAGGUUCGAACAAUAUUCAUAAUUAAAAUGCGGGAUAACGAAGAAUUUAAGCUCGUAAUUCAUCGAAAAAAACGAACAUCUCGCGCACGAACUAAUUGUCUGUCGAACGUAACAUCGCUUGAUAACGAGAGAAACGACGAUUCCAACAUCAAUUGUGAAACACUUCUUGGAAAACUCCUCGAAGCAGAAGGUGAACUAGAGAAUUCGUCGUUUCUCGAUAAUCUUCUUCAUGAUUUGGAUGAUUCGUUGGCUGCCUUAAACGUGAACGGAAUUCCUGAUAUAUUGUGCUAUGGUUUGGGGCAGUUCUCUAGUCGCAAAUCCUCGAAAUACCAAUUGGCAUUGCUUCUCCGUUUGAAAAAAUAUUAUAAGUCUCAGGUUUACGUGUACGAUCCAGUUUUCUCUUCGGCGGAGAUUGAACUAUUGAAAAGAUUUGAUUGUAACACGAUAAAAGUUAACGAAGAAGGGAAACGUGUAGUACGCGACAAUAUCACAUUGGUAUACAUGCCACAUUGCUCUAUACACUUGAUCAACAAUUUCCUGUAUGCAAAUUGGUGCGAGCAGUUGCGCAAGUGUAUUUUAUUAACGAAUAGUUUUUCAAUCGUGGCUGACAAUACAAAGAGAACGAACAGAACCAAUCCUAUCGACUACAUCUUGCGUAUUCAACCGUACGUUACGGAAACAGUUUUAAGAAAUGACUUCGUUCAUGAAGAAGCAUUUAACGACUUGAAUAUUCAUACGUUUCUCGAGCAAAAUAUCGGUACGCUUCCCGAGAGUUUUUGGAACGAACGAACCGAGCCGUGUUAUCAAGAUGCUGAAACCGACUAUUUAACAGCUAAACAAACCGAGAAAAUAGACGCGGCAGAUAAAGCAUUGUGAAUAAUAGAUCGCCCAUCGUUU